AUGGCCAAAUUUUUCUCACGUUGGUUCCGUAGUGGUAGUUCAUCGUUUCGUACUUCACAGACAUCGCUCUCAGACAAUUCGAAUCCGAAUCGAGCAUCAAGUGUCGCUCGGUCGGCACCAUCGCUUGAAAAUCUUGCAUCGUAUCAUGUUAUACCAAAAGAACUUGACAAGAAUAAAUUACAUAAAGCAGCAUGGGAAGGAAACUUGAAAAAAGUUCAACAUCUUGCACGACCAGGUCAACUCAAUGUUAAAGAUCAACACAUGCGCACUCCAUUACAUUUGGCUGUUGUUAAAGGACACUUAGCUAUAGUACAGUAUCUUGUUAACGAAGAUGCAAAAUUAGAUGUAGUCGAUAACGAGCAACGAACACCAUUGAUCAAAGCUGUUCUUAGUGGCAAUCAAAAUAUAAAGAUUAAUUAUGAAAUAUGUAAAGUUUUAUUAAAUGGAGGUGCUGACAAAUGUAUAAAUGCUGUUGAUAAACAUGGAAGAAAUGCUUUACAUUAUGCUAUCGAUUUUGACAAUCAACGUCUGGUCCAACUUUUUCUUUCGAGUAGAACUUGUGAUCCCAAUUAUAAAGAUUACGAUCAAAUGACACCAUUACAUUUAGCAAUUAAACGUAAAAGUCCUGAAAUAGUUGAUUUACUUUUAUCCGAUCAAAAUGAACAACAGGCUGAUCCAAAUAUUGUCAAUCGUUUUGGACAAACUCCAUUGCAUUUAGCAGCCAGUGUUGGUUAUAUUGAUAUUAUACGAAGUUUACUUGCAGUAAAACCUAAUGAACUAUGUGAUCCAACACUUCUUGAUUCGCAUCAAUUAACAGCUUAUGAUUUAGCUAAAAAUAAUCAUCAUGAAGCAUGUGCAAAAUUAAUUGAAGAAUAUGAAGAAACAUGGUCAAAACAUUCACCGCGAAGGCUCGCAUCAACACCGUUUCAUGCACUAUCAUCACUAAGAGCACCAGAUUCUAUCUCAUUGCAUCCGGCAACUAAUCUUGAACGUGAAAAUGAUGAAACCAGUGAUGAUUCAUCAUUGACGUCGACAAGUAAACCAUCGAAAUCUUUACCGAGACGCGCACAACGGCCCAGUGAUCAAUGGUCAGAUGAUAAUGGUCUUUCAAUAGACGAAUCAAAACCAGGUUCACAUGUUCUAGCUGGUUUAUUUAAAAAUAAUCCAUUACAAUCGGACACAACGAAGACAAAUGCGUCAAAUAAAGAAAACUCUGUAUUGAAUAAUUUUGUUACAAAUAAUCCCUUACGAACGGAUACAAAAAAACAAGCACCGAAAGCUCAACAAACGCAUUCGUCAUCUAUAUUUGGCAUUGAGCCAGCCUUCGAUCGUAAGGACAGUGAUAACACAUCCACAAGUAUAUCAGAUAGAAAACCAUCUAAGCCAGUACAAACGACUGUAGAAAAAAAGCCUGUUGCAUCGAAUGUCUAUGUUAAUAUUGCACGUCAACCUGUAUCAAAUACAAAAUCCUGGUCGGAUGAUACAAUAACAGCGCCAGUUUCAAAUAUUAAAAAGAAAGCCGAUUCACACAAUGACACAUGGGAUACAUCGACAUCGGAAGACGACAAAAAUAUUUUCAAAUCAAAACCUGCUCCUGAUCUUUUACAAAAAACACUGCCGUUUUCACCAUCCAAAGAUGAUGUUACUGAUUCCGAUAGCGAUCAAGAUUCGGUUGAAACUGAAAUUGAAAGAUCUGAUAGAUACAAAUCGUCUAAUCAAACUGCGAUUCAAAAAUUAGUAAAUACAAAAAUUGGAAAUGGCUACAAAGUAAUUGGAACAUCUGAUGCUCAAUCACCAUUAAGUGAAGAAUCCUCAUGGACAAAUACAUCUGCACGAUUGAAUAGAGAACCAACAACAGUAACAAAAGGAAUUGCAAGUAUAGGAAUGCUACCCAAAAAAGACGAAUCAACAUGGGAUGAUUCUCAAUCGAUAACAAAUAAUUUCAAAGAAUCGAAACAUUCUCAUGAUUCAUCGAAAUUACAAUCAGCAGGUAUUGAAAAUCUAGUAAAAAUUAUCGAAGGUAUUCAGCAGACGAAAAAAAAUCAACCACCAACAUCAUCGAGCAUAGCCGGUAGAGUUGUUACUACAUCAAUGAUGGAACGUACUGAAUCAAUCGCAUCCGAAAAUACUCUGCAUGAAGUUGAUAAUGAUGACGAUUAUGAACAAAGUUGGAAAAAAAAGAUUGACGAAAAAGCUACAAAAGAACAACAGCCUAAAGUACUACCGUAUUCAUCGUUACCUCAUUCUAUUACUAAUCUGCAUGGUUCAAUAUCAUCAACAAAAUCAUCAUUUAAUGAUGCACGAUUCAAUGACUUAAAAGAAACUAUCGAAAAACUUGAACGGAAUCAAGAAGAUACAAAAGAAUUAAAACGACAGCUGAAAGAAAUGGAAAACAAAAAAAAUGAUUUCGAAAAAUUAUACAGAGAAAAUGAUGAAAUGUUACGUCGCGUGGAAAAUAAAUUAGAACAAGAAAAAACUGAAAAACAACGUUUAGAAUCAACGACAAAAAAUUUAAAUAUAGAAUUACUGACUAUUAAACAAAAACUUCAAUCAUUACAAGAUGAAAAAGACCUGUUAAAUCAACGUUGUAAUAAAUUAAAAGAAGAACGAGAUAAUCACGAUGAAAAAUUACAUAUGCUGCAAUUGAACAGUUCACAAACGACCAUAGCCACAAAAAAUUCCUAUCAUGAAGAUGAUAUCGAUAGAAUAAAAUCUCGACAUCGUGAAGAAUUAAGAUUAUUAUCAGAUGAAAAUGAUGAUUUACAUCAUCGAACAAAACAAUUAGAAUCAGAUUUACAAUUACACAAAGAAUCACUUGAUGUAACGAUUCGUUACAAAAUUGAUUUAGAAAAGGCAUUAGAAGAAAAAACAUUCUAUCAACGUGAAUUAGAUCGUUUGAAACAUGAAAAAGCUCAUAUUGAACAGGAAAAAAUUGAAUAUAAAACAAAAUAUGAUAGUUUACAAGAAGAAAUACGAAAUAUACUUUUUGAUCGUUCGAAACUUGAACAAAAAUUAACAAGUGAAUUACACGAACAUAUACAAGAAAAACAACGGUCAACCGAUGAUAAACAAAAAUAUCGAACUGAAAUCGAACAAUUAAAUACUAAAUUGGACGAUGCUGCAGCACGUUUACAUGCUCUACAAACGCAAAACGAAUCAUUACUAACAUCCAAAGAUCGAGAAAUAAAAAAUGAAUUUGAAUCUCUUUCACAACGUCUUACACAAAUUGAAUCAAAUAAAAUCGAUGCUGAACAGCGUUACCAUAAUCAACAUAACGAAAUAACCAAUAAACAGCAACAAAAACAAGUUCUAAUUCAAUCACCGAUUCCUCACCCACCGACAUUAUCAGAUGCUCAUAUACAUUCUUCAUCAUGUAAAAAUUGUAAUGCAUUUCAACGAAGUUAUGAACAAGAACGUGAAUAUCGUUUACAAACUGAACAAGCUAAUGGACGUUUGCGAGAUGACGCAUCAAAUCAAUAUCAAUAUUUAAAUAAACCAUUUUUAAUGCAACCAAACAAUGAAAUUUAUUUAGUAGAAAAUUCAAGAAAAAUUCGUUCCGAUACCGAACGUGUGAAAUCUGAACUUGAUCGAUUACGUCAAGAUUUCGAUAAAUUAGUUUCAACCUAUGAACCACCAUUGAAUUUUCAUCACCAACUACAACUACAUUCACAAGUCGAUACAUUUCGUCAAUUCUAUGAACAUGAAUUUCGACAACGACAACUUCUCAUGGCAAAAACAACUCCUGGACUUAAAUCAACAAUGUCACAAAAUUAUCAUAAGCCAUCAUCACAUUUAAGUCAUAAACAUUCAUUUAGUGACGCAUGUUCAACAUGUACAAAUAGUCGUUUACUUCGCGAACGACUUGAAUCUGCUAUUGACUUGAGUUUAACUGAUCGACGUUUUCAAAACGGAAUACAAGUUCCAGCUGUACUACGGCAAGCCUCUUCCUUAUUAACAAUAAAUACGAUUCAUAAUGGGCCUACUUCAUCUCGAGAAUUUUUACGUGAACGCUAUUAUGUUUAA